AUGUCUCUCAGUCUAUCAUCUCUCCUGAACCCGUCGCCAGCUUCGGGAUCGACGUCGCCCUCGAACAAAGAUGAGCUGCCACCACCAACACCGCAGCAGCAGCAGCAGCAGCCGAAUAGCGACAUCCGCACAUACGCCUACACGCCGUCGACCCUCAAUGAUGCCGCACAUGCACUAGCAUCUCUCUCCGCGAGUCCGGCGCCUCCGCCCACUCAGUAUUACGGCUACAAUGCUCCAGAUGACAAUACGCUGGAGAGACAACGCUCGGGCGACAGUCAGAGACGGGCCAGCGGUGAUUCCAGGCAGUUACCUCCACCGCCAGCAGGAGCGUCGCGGAAGAUGAGCUCGCCAACUCUCGAUCAGUAUCACGUCGCGUCUCGCUCGCCUGAGCAGCGGCGUGCUUCCAUUGUGUCUCCAGCGCAGUCAAGCUUCACCUUGCCGCCGAUGCAGGGCUAUCCUGCUGAAGCAGGUAGGCGGCCUUCGCAUGCGUCGUAUCAUGAUUCAAAUACGUCUUCAUCUGCACAUGCGACUGCGAAUGCGCCAGUGCAAUUGGAAGCAAUAGCGGCUGCAAGAGCGUCACCUCAGUUUCUUUCAGCUCAAUCAACUACAUCUGUGAUUGAGGAGACGGCACCAUCACCUGCAAUCAUUAAAGAAGAAGCGGUUCCUACGCCGCAGCCAUCGUCGCCCGUCGACUCUCGUGGCAUGGAGCAGCACACCAGCAAAGCAGUGGCUUCACUGAAGAACGAGCAUGGCCUUCGUACACAAUCGCCACUUCGCGAGUCUUCAGUCCCCGUGCCCACUACAGAAGUCGCGGCACCAGAUCAACAGCCAGCUGCCUCCAAGAAGCGACCUGCGCCGUCCAAGACGAAAAAGGGCACGGCAACUACCAUGAAAAGGGCACCACCCUCGAAGAAACGGAAGGUUGAGACCAAACGAUCCGUCACACCAUCCUCCCGAGCUUCGAAAUCACUUACUGUUGGCAAAGGUGGAAGUCUAAAGGGCACACCGGCAAAUUCCUCCCCUGCGCCUUCGGUCCGUUCGUUUUCGGCAAGCCCGAAUGAAGACCAGUACGACGAAGACGAAGAGGAGGGCGAUGAGGAAGGAGACGGUGAGCUAUACUGCUUGUGUCGCAAGACUGACACCGGCACGUUCAUGAUUGGUUGUGACGGGACGUGUGAUGAUUGGUUUCACGGAAAGUGUGUGGGCAUUGAAGAGCGGGAUAAGCACCUCAUCGACAAAUACCUAUGUCCUAACUGCACAAAGGCUGGAAUCGGAAGGACGACUUGGAAGCGAAUCUGCCGACGUAGUGGUUGCCGCAAGCCGGCUGAUAUGAAGGGAAAGCCUAGCAAGUACUGCUCUCCAGAGUGCGGUGUGCUCUUCUUCCGAGAGAUGGUGGCGCGGACUCGAGGGAGGGAGGACACCGCUGCGAAUCGGUCAUCACGACGAAAGGGUGGGGUAGAGGAGGGCCAUGCGGAUGCCGCCGACGAUCUAGGUGCACGUGGUGGAGCUUUGGCCGCCGGAGAAGUGAAAGCUCUCCUGGAAGCCUCCAAUACCGCCGAGGAGUUUCGAAAGUUGGGCGAUGGGGUUCUCAGUCCACCUGCAACCCCCGACGGUAAUGACGACGGCGAUAGCGCCAAGCAUCGGAUCGAGUAUACCGAAAUUGAGAUGCAGUCCCUCGAGCGUAUCCGCAGCGAGAAGGAGGAGGCCAGGCGCCGGCAUGUGCUGCUCAAGGACCGCAUGAAGUUCAUCACCCUCGUCAAGCAGUCCGCUAGCCGGGUGGCCACGGAAAAGGAGCUGAAACCUAAGGACUAUUGCGGCUAUGAUUCACGUAUCGAGUGGACAGAAGAUCGCUUUCAAGCUUGGCGGAGCAGCAAGGCUGGCCAGCAAACCUUCGAGCUAGAUUCUCUCGCCGUGAAAGGAGGCGAGGACGACCACGUCGAAAAGGACCAGGACCCUGAGGUUUGCGAUCGCAAGAAAUGUGCCAGGCACCUUGAAUGGGCAAAACUCGCCGUAGACGACAUACGAUUCGAGAUGAGCGACAAUGGCGACCACAUGCGCGCCCUCGAUAGAGAGGAGACUGACAUCAAGGAGCGGGCGGCACUGAGAGUGAAGAGCAAAGCGAGUGGUAACGCGCAUGGCGACGGCACGGUGGAAGUACAUGGUCUCAUCUCAGGGGAUGGCAUCGAUAUGAUGGAUUGUGAUGUUGCGCCAACUGUUGAGAUUGUGCCAGAUGCCAUGGCUGUCGAUGCUUAA